CACUUGCUGCUGCAGCAGCAGCAGCAACAGCAGCUGCUGCGGUGGCAGCAGCAGCAGCAACAGAGCCAGCAGCAGCAACAGCAUCAGCAGCGAAUUCGGCAGGAGAGGUCCCUCACCUCCACUCCCCUCUGGGGCACCUCAAGCCAUGCACAGGCCAGGCCACCUCGCCUCCGCCGCCUUUCCCUCGAGAAGCAGCAGCAGCAGCAGCAGCAGAGCGUCGAAGCGCUCCUUUGCUGCCAUGUGCGACUCCAGGGGCCGGGGGGGAGGCGGGGGGCCCCCGGGGGGCCCCCCUGAGGGCAGCAGCAUUUAUGAAUUAUUAAGCAGAGAUGCAAGUUUGGUUUGCAAGAAGCAGCGGAAGGCAACAGCAAAGUUAGAAAGGACUUUGGACAUGCUGGUGGAUGCUCUCAAGGCCACGAGAAGAAUUUUAGAGGCAGCUCAGGGGGCACCAAAGGGAGUUAGCAGCGGUAGCAGCGGUAGCAGCAGCAGCAGCAGCAGCAACAGCAGCAGCAGCAGCAGCAGUCAUAGCGGCACAGUAACUGCUUCGUCCGCUGUAGAGCAACAACAGGAACAACAAAAGGGACAGCAGCAGGAACAGCAGCUGCAACGGCAGCAACAACAGGAACAGAAACAACGACAGCAGCAGCAGCAACAACGAAACCAGCAACCGGAAGACCAGCAGCAGCAGCAAGAGCAGCAACAACAGCAAGAGCAGCAGCAGGAGCAACGGCCACAGCAACAACAGCAGCAGCAACAACAACAACAGCAACAGGGAAAGGAAUGCCAGCAACAGCAGCAGCCCAAUAGCUCGCCAGCUGCAGCGCUGGAAGGGUCAGAAGCAGCAGCAGCAGCAGCAGCAGCGACAGCAGCAGCAGCAAAGGCGUCUGAGUCAGCUGUGCAGACAGCUAUGACGACUCUGGGGGCGCAAAUAUCUCUUUUGGGUUUGGAGGAAGCAAUUGGCCAAGCCCAAGAAGCUCCCUUUUUGCUGCUGCUGCAGCUGAUAAAGAAAGCAGCAGCAGCAUUUGCAGACGACAUGCCGGCUGCCGCUGCUCACCUGCCUCCAGUGCAGCAACAGCUGACGCCGCUGCUCGCGCAGACGGCGGAGCCGCAGCCAGCGCAGCAGCAGCAGCAGCAGCGGCAGCAGCAGCAACAGCAGCAGCUGCUGCAGCAGAGGCGCCAGCAGCUCGCCCAGCUGCUGCAGCAGCAGCACAGUCACCCCGACCCCCGCCUACCGCAGCAGGUGCUUGCGGCUCUAAGGCAGGAGCUGCAGCAGCUGCUGCAGCUGGAGCAGCUUCAGUGGCAGCAGCAGCACGGCGAGGAGGAAGGUUCCCCAGCAGCAGCAGCAGCAACAGCAGCAACAGCAGCAGCAGCAAAGGACAAUGCGGUCCGGGGCCCGCAGCUAAUCAUUGCCAAGCUUCUUGCGCUCCAUUUCCUUCAUCAGGGCCACUUCGCUCUCUACGAUCUUUUAUGUGAGGAGCUCGCCAUGCAGCUGCCUGCUGCCAAAGCGCAGCAGCAGCGGCAGCAGCAGCAGAAGCAGGAGGCGGAGCAGCAGCAGAAGCAGCAGCAGCAGCAGCAGAUCCGCGAGGAGCCUGAUCGCGACGAUUGUGAACCCCCGCCGAAGAAGAAAUUGCAGCAUCUAGAUCGGGUGGUGCAGCACCUUGGGGAUGUACAGCAGCAGCACCACCACCACCAGCAGGAGCAACAGCAGCAGCAGCAGCAGGAGCAACAGCAGCACCAGCUAAAGCAAGAGCGGCAGCAGCAGCAAAAGCAACAACAGAUACAGUGUCCACCACAGGAGGCGGGAGCGGGGCUCUCUAAUUCCCUCAAGGGGCCAAGCCCUCAAGAGGCUGUCAGCAGCAGCAGCAGCAGCAGCAGCAGCGUAGAGACUCGUUGCUCGAACGGAUACUGUUUCUGUCUCCACUGUGGAGAGCGGUGUGGCACAGGCAGCAGCAGCAGCAGCAACAGCAGCAGCAGCAGCAGCAGGCCCCACCCACCACAGCUGCUGCCCUGCGCAGUAGUUGCUGCCUACAAAAGGAUGCAUUACGUGGGUGCUGAACUCGCUGCGAGAGGCUCGGCUAGAGCAGCUGCUGCGGUGGGGUGCCCUGCCACCGACAGAAGCAGAGGCGCUGCAGCAGGAGCAGCAAAAGAAGAAGCAGCAGGAGCAGCUGCUGCUGCAGCUGUCGCCGCCGAGCGCCGAAACGCCCGCCGCAGCCGCAGCAGCAGCAGCGGCAGAGACAAGCGGCUGCUGCUGCUUCCGCAGCAGCUGCUGGAAGCAGCAGGGAGUUGA